AUGGCGAUAUCAUGCACACUUUCAGGACCUGACGGUUUCGCUGCCUUUCUUUAUUUCUUAGACCGUUCAAGGCGGUUUAUAUUAUUUUCCGUAUGGGCAGUUGUCAUCUUCGGCUUACCCUUAUGGUGGAAGACAACACGCGUCUACAGGGCAGAAUUGCCAUUCGAGGACAUUGAGAAAUGGAACGAGUGGAAGGUAACAAAGAUUUUUGAUACUAUUAAGCAACUCGUUAAUGGUGCAGGCAGCCAAGGCGCUGACAAAGUCAAGGAUCAAUUGAAGGCCGUCAAAUACGCACCAGGAUACCAGAUCACGUUCAGUCUGUUUAGCGGAGAUGCUUCUAACGGCGUACGUGAGUGGAAGAUGCAGGAGGCCAUCAAUGCGUAUCUGGCCCCGUUUUUGAAGAGCAUGUCAGCAGUGUCCAAGUUCACGGUCGAGUCGCAGGUGCAGCAUUAUGCCUCGUUGACAUUCAAGCCUGAGCUGGAUACCAGUCGCAAUGAACACUAUCUCGCGCCGGAUUCGCUUCCCAACUUUAUAAACGCGGCCGAAUGGAGUUUAGCAUCCACUGUCUCCUCAUUGCCCUCACUCAACUUUUUGACCUAUGUUCCGAAGCCCAGUGAAAGCCCAUUGGUGAUCAAGAGUGGACCCUCAGCUCCUCGAUCAAGCACCAACUCAUUUCUCAUACCUCGCUGGGGUGGCAUUACGAUCCUCAAUCGUGACAACAGCACUUCUAUUUCCCCACAUGUGAUCACUGUCCAGGAGCUGGGGCCUGUCAUGAAAGUGUUCUUGAUGCAGCUCCGGGAUCUCAUGGGCCUUGCGGAUCUGUCAGCCGCCAGGGCAUCGUUCCCGAUCACCUUCCAUAAGACCUCGAACGAGGCGCCAACUGCAUGGGAGCUGGAUAAUUUGCUCAGGAGACGUUCGGCUGAGAAUCUGAUGGAUUCCUUGGCGACUCUGACAUCUUUGGCUAGAUUGGUGGUAGAUACACCGAACAUGGUUGUACUAGAUCAUAUUCAAAAGGACGUCGUCGAUGCCCUGGAAGAUAUAUCACGGUCGUGUCAAAGACUCUCUGAGCAGGCGUACGUCGAAGCCCUGGCUGCCUCGAGGGAUGCACUUGUGAAAUCAGAAACUGCGUUCUUUGAUCCAACGAUGGUGUCGAUGCUGUACUUCCCGGACGAGCACAAGUAUGCGAUCUACAUGCCGUUGUUUGUGCCGAUCUCUGUCCCAUUAGUGAUGGCUCUGCUGAGGGAGUUGAAGAAAUGGAAGGAUGCCAAAAAGGCUACCAGCAAGCAGAAGACUGACUGA